CCACCCUGUCAAGGUUGCGGUUUUUUGCGGUGACAGCAAAGCGGCACACGCCAUGUUCAGUGGAAACAAAAGGGCCAAGUUUCCACUGAUUGGUUGCCGGGUAAAGAAAUAACAUCGCUGGCUAGUUAGCUAAAUUUGAUGAAAAAUGAUAAAACGAGUAUGAGAAGGGAUUAUUUUUUGGGGGCGGGGGGCUGAUUGGAAAAUUGCUGGAAGUUGUUACAAUGCCCUUUCCGUCUACAAACCACGUGUUGUUGGGUCGGGAAACACCUAAGCAUUAUGGGAUCACUUCUCCUAUCAGCCUGGUCCAAGCCAAGGAGGCUGACCUGGUCCUCACACACAGGCUGACUGAGGCCCUGAAACCAUACGGGGUGUUUGAAGAGGAGCUGGAACUACAGCGCAGAAUACACGUGUUGGGAAAACUGAACACACUGGUGAAGGAAUGGAUCCGUGACGUCAGUGAGACAAAGAAUCUGCCUGCCUCAGUGAUUGAAACGGUUGGAGGGAAGAUCUUCACAUUUGGGUCCUACAGGUUAGGAGUCCACACUAAAGGUGCUGACAUUGAUGCCCUGUGUGUGGCUCCUCGGCAUGUGGAGAGAACAGACUUCUUCUCCUCGUUCCUGGACAAGCUGAAGGAGCAGGAGGAGGUCAAAGAUUUGAGGGCUGUUGAGGAGGCAUUUGUCCCUGUGAUAAAGCUGUCUUUCGACGGCAUUGAGAUCGAUAUCCUGUUUGCCCGGUUAGCUUUGCAAACCAUCCCAGAGAAUCUGGACCUUCGAGAUGACGGGUUGCUGAAGAACCUUGACAUACGCUGCAUUAGGAGCCUCAAUGGUUGUAGAGUUACAGAUGAAAUCCUCCAUCUUGUGCCCAACAUUGAGAACUUCAGACUGACACUGAGGACCAUCAAGCUGUGGGCUAAACGUCAUAACAUCUACAGUAACAUCCUGGGCUUCCUGGGUGGAGUCUCCUGGGCCAUGCUGGUAGCCAGGACCUGCCAGCUCUACCCCAACGCUGUGGCCUCCACCCUCGUACACAAGUUCUUUCUCGUCUUCUCCAAAUGGUAA